AUGCCCCCGCGAUCCCGCGAUGAAUUCCAAGUUGCGAUAAUCUGUGCCCUUCCUCUAGAGGCGGACGCGGUGGAGGCGUUAUUCGAUGAGCACUACGAUGACCUUGUUCAUGUAUAUGGCAAGCACAUAGGCGAUGCAAACAGUUAUAUCACGGGAAGAAUCUAUAAUCACGAUGUCGUGUUGGCAUAUAUGCCGGGUAUUGGGAAUCGAAGAUCCGCCAGUGUUGCUCGUGGCUUGCGUGUUAGCUUCCCGGGAAUCAAGCUUACCUUACUGGUAGGAAUCUGCGGCGGAGUACCAUACACAUCUGAUGGUACGGAGAUUAUCUUAGGGGAUAUCAUUAUCGGUGAUAGAGUCAUUGAAUAUGAUUUUGGCAGACAGUACCCGCACGGGUUCGAGCGGAAAAGCGGUGUUGAGGAGACACUUGGAUCACCUAAUCAAGAAAUCCAGUCCUUCCUAAGCCGUUUACGAACUCGCCGGAUGAGAAAUCAAUUACAAAGACAUACCGCACGAUACCUGCAAAUUUUGCAAGGAAUGGAUGGUAAUGAAUGGAAUUAUCCCGGCGUAUCACACGAUACAUUAUUCGAAGCCUCUUAUCGCCACAGGCACUACAAACAGCAUUCUACGAUUGAGUGCAUCUGUGUUGGCUGUCAUUCAGCUUUCGAUCCAGUAUGUGAGCAAGCAUUGAAGAGCGACUGCAAAAAGGUUGGAUGCGUAGGACAGUUAGUCCAGCGACGCCGACUAGAUAUGGAUAAUCCAUCGCCACUUAUUCACAUCGGCACGAUUGCGUCAGCAAGCUCUGUGAUGAAAUCCGGUCAGCAUAGAGAGCAACUAGCGGAAAAUGAGGGGGUUAUUGGAUUUGAGAUGGAAGGUGCUGGAGUGUGGGAUACCCUGCCGUGUGUGAUCAUCAAAGGGGUAUGUGAUUACGCAGACAGUCAUAAGAGUAAGGCAUUUCAAAACUAUGCUGCAGCAACCGCAGCAUCAUGCGCCAAAAGUCUUUUGGCAUACUGGGAAGGCAGUUUUCAGUAUAAGGGAUCAAUUCAUCCUCAGGCUUCUUCAACGGUUCCGUUUGAGAGAGACGACAUGUUUGUUGGUCGAGAAGAUAUUAUCAAGAGUAUCAGUGACACCAUCGGAGGAAGAAGCGAGCAGAGUUCGAAGCGUGCCGCACUCGUUGGCUUGGGAGGCGUGGGAAAGUCUCAGAUCGCGAUUGAGUAUACAUACCGUGUUCGAAAAUCUGCGCCGGAUAUAUGGGUAUUCUGGGUUCAUGCGAGUAAUAGAACCAGAUUUGAACAAGGCUAUCGAGAGGUCGCAAGACUCGCAAAGAUUCCUGGGCACGAUGAUCCAAAAUGCGAUGUCCUAGAGCUGGUUAAGAAAUGGCUAUGUGACGAGAUGAAUGGCAACUGGUUGAUCAUUCUAGACAAUGCAGACGAUGUUGAACCGUUAUUCAACACAAUUGGUGACCAUCUGCCUUUAGUGGACUAUCUGCCGCAUGUGUCCCAUGGAUCGAUUUUGGUUACCUCCCGGAAUCAAACAGCAGCCCGGAACAUCGUGGGGCAUAGCGGCCAGGUGAUCCUUGUGAACUCAAUGAGUACAGAUGAGUCCAUGAUGCUGUUGCGAACCCGUGUUCAGGUAAAUCAAUCAGAUGAACCGGAAGCAAAACGGCUCGUGGAGGCGCUGGAAUACAUUCCUUUCGCGAUUGCGCAAGCUGGUGCAUACAUCUUAAAUCGCUCACCUCGAAUGACCGUGUCAGCUUACUUGGAGCUUCUCCAAGAAAGUGAGUCCAAACAAGAGCAUCUUCUAAAUUAUGGCGAUGCUCAUGAUCUUCGACGAGAUCAGAGCAUCCGACACCCUGUUAUCACUACAUGGCAGAUCUCAUUUGAUCAAAUUCACCGCACGUGCACCAAAGCAACAGACAUACUGGCGUUAAUGAAUAGUAUCAACAAUGUAGGCCUAUUGCUUGCAAGCCAAGGAAAAUAUGAGGAGGCAGAGGCCAUGCUUGGACGAGCAAUAGCUACCAGCGAGAGAAUUCUUGGCACUGAACACCCUGAAACUUUGGUUAGCGUUAGCAAUCUAGGCAUAGUGCUUGAAGGUGAAGAAAAGCAUAAGGAAGCGGAGGUCAUGCAUCGACGAGCACUUGUUGGGACGAAGAGAUUGUUCGGUACUGAGCACCCUAAUACCUUGAAUAAAGCGAAUAAUUUGGCGACAGUGCUUGGAAUGGAAGGAAAAUAUGAGUUGGCGGAGGUCAUGCUUCGACAAGUCGUUGUUGGCUGUGAGAAAGUGUUUGGUUUUGAAGACCCUUACACAUUGACUAGUGUUAAUAAUCUAGGUUCGGUACUUCUAAGUCAGGGAAACUAUGAAGAAGCAAAAGCCAUGUUUCAUCGAGCACUCGCCGGCAAAAAGAAAGCAUUAGGUGCUGUACAUUCGGACACACUAAACAGUAUCGAUAGUAUGGGCCUAGUGCUUCAAAGGCAGAGAAGAUAUAAGGAGGCGGAGAUUAUGUAUCGACGAGCACUUGCUGGUAGAGAGAAAGUGCUAGGCGCUGAACAUCCUCUCACACUGGCUAGUGUUAGUCAUCUAGGGUCGUUGCUUCAGGAGCAGAGGAAUCAUCAGGGGGCGGAGAUAAUGUAUCGACGAGCACUUGCUGGGAGAGAGAAGGUGCUAGGCGCUGAACAUCCUCACACAGUGGCCACUGUUGGUUAUUUACGCUCGGUACUUGAAAAGCAGAGAAAAUAUGAUGAGGCGGAUAUCAUGUCUCCACAGCCACUCGCUGGCGGAGGGAGAGUGUAA